ACAGCUGCUCCCGCGCAAUCGCAGAUAUCCUCAAGAUGGCGGCGGCGGCGGCCGCGCGAGCAGUUUCUGUGAGCGCCGGGCUACGGGGUCUGCCACGGACACUGCCUCUUGUAGUGAUUCUCGGGGCCACGGGCACCGGCAAAUCCACCCUGGCGUUGCAGCUAGGCCAGCGGCUCGGUGGCGAAAUCGUUAGCGCUGACUCCAUGCAGGUUUAUGAAGGCCUAGACAUCAUCACCAACAAGGUUUCUGCCCAAGAGCAGAGAAUGUGCCAGCACCACAUGAUCAGCUUUGUGGAUCCUCUCGUGACAAAUUACACAGUUGUGGAUUUCAGGAACAAGGCAACUGCUCUGAUUGAAGAUAUAUUUGCCCGACACAAAAUUCCUAUUGUCGUGGGAGGAACCAAUUAUUACAUUGAAUCUCUGCUCUGGAAAGUUCUUGUCAAUACUAAGCCCCAUGAGAUGGGCCCUGAGAAAGUGACCGACCGAAAAGAGCUUGAGAAGGAGGAUGGCCACGUCCUCCACAAACGCCUAAGCCAAGUGGACCCAGAAAUGGCUGCCAAGCUGCACCCCCAUGACAAGCGCAAAGUGGCCAGGAGCUUGCAAGUAUUUGAAGAAACGGGGAUCUCUCAUAGUGAAUUUCUUCAUCGUCAACAUGCAGAGGAAGGUGGUGGUCCCCUUGGAGGCCCUCUGAAGUUCCCUAACCUUUGCAUCCUCUGGCUUCAUGCUGACCAGACAGUUCUAGAUGAGCGCUUGGAUAAGAGGGUGGAUGACAUGCUUGCUGCCGGGCUCUUGGAUGAACUAAGAGAUUUUCACAGACGCUAUAAUCAGAAGAAAGUUGCAGAAAAUAGCCAGGACUAUCAACACGGUAUCUUCCAAUCCAUUGGCUUCAAGGAAUUUCACGAGUACCUGGUCACUGAGGGAAAAUGCACACCAGAGACUAGUAACCAGCUCCUAAAGAAAGGUAUUGAGUCUCUGAAACAAGUGACUAAGAGAUAUGCCCGGAAGCAAAACCGAUGGGUUAAAAACCGAUUUUUGAGCAGACCUGGUCCCAGUGUCCCUCCAGUAUAUGGCUUAGAAGUAUCUGAUGUCUCGAAGUGGGAAGAAUCUGUUCUUGAACCUGCUCUUGAAAUCGUGCAAAGUUUCAUCCAGGGCCACAAGCCUGCAGCUGCUCCAGUAAAGAUGCCAUGCAAUGAAAUGGAGAACAAGAGAAGUUACCACAUGUGUGACCUCUGUGAUCGAAUCAUCAUUGGGGACCGUGAAUGGGCAGCACAUAUAAAAUCCAAAUCCCACUUGCACCAACUGAGGAAGAGAAGAAGAUUGGACUUGGAUGCUCUUGCUACCAUUGAGAGUCAGAGUAUUUCUCCAGACUGUGACAAAGAGCCCGAAGAGAAAGGGUCCCCAGGGCAGAAUGAGAAAGAGCUGAAAUCUGGUGUUUAAAGAGAAAUGUCCAGUAGUAGCCUUUGCACAGAGAGCUUUGUUCAUACUGUACCAACAGCCAGUCUAGGGAAGAGAAUAUCUAAAGGCUAUAAGAGGUGUGUAUAUACUUUGUGUAUUAUACUUUGGAGGGGAGGGUAGAGAGGGGAAGAGGAUCAUGGAAGAAGGAGCAUUUCUGCUGGACCUUAAAAAGCAGUUCUUGGUUAGCUGUGUGUAGGAGGAGAGGGUAAAGAACUAUCAAUCCUGGCUGACCUUUUUUAAAACAGUGCUGAAUUCCAUAGCCUUACCUUUUUUUUUCUUUUUCCUUCUAACAUUUUUUAAAAGUCAUUUUUUCCACUAAAUUUGUUUACAUAGUUCAAAAUCAAAAUGAUAUCAAAAGACAUUCAUUGAGGGGCCCCUAGUGGCUCUCUGCUCUAUCUCUGAAAUA